AUGCUCUGUCAUAUCAUUAAUGCCAAGAGCUCUUAAGUCUAAAUUUGAAAGACGGAAAUAUCCCUAAAAUAUUGAUGGACAUCUCCCCUUUAAAAAAUAAUGAAAUAAUUAAUGUUAAUAAUAUAUAAAAAAUUAAAUACAUUUAUAAUAACUAAAAAAUGGUCUGUCAUAUUAUUAAUGCCAAGAGCCGUUUUCUUUUUUGCUCUCUUUAUUUAUUUGUAUUUAUACUUAUUUGGUUGGCUUCAAACUUCUAAACCUUUCCAAAUUCUCUUCAUCAAUAUGCAUUGAUCUUCUAGCUACUAUUUUCAUAGAUCAUAUAUGAAAGUAUUUGUUUCCCUGUAUAUCUCCUUUUUCAUACGGAGUAUAUUUUUUUAGUUAAAUACCACUAAGCAAGUUUAGUAUGUAAUUUAUUAUAUUAACCAAGUAAUAAAAAAGAAGUGUUUCAAGCAACACAUAACGAAAAGAAAAAAAAGGGGGAAAGGGCAUCAGGUCAUAAGACCAAAACCCUAAAAUCUUGCUCAACAAUUGAAGAUCUAGUGCUAGGUUUGAGCACUUCUCCACUUCCUAGGUUUUUGGGUUAAUCAGAAGCACUACUUCCUUCAAACUCAUUGUCCUUCUAAUUCCCACCAAAGAGAAUUACAGAAAGCUGAAAAAUGGAAAAAGAAACCGUUUUUUGGCGCUUACAUUUUUUCACAAUUUUGGCUCCAAAAGAAUUUCAGGAUAACCACCAUAUAUAUGAGAAAAUAAAUGAAGAAGUUACAUUGGAAAGUGAAGCAGAAUUUCUGCACCUGAGCAAGAAGAACAGAAUUUUGCAAAUCAAUGGCACCAGGAGGACAUAUCUUCAAACAAACUACACUUACAGGGAAAACUAUUCGAGCUACUCAAUCGCCGGAUGAAUCAAAUAAUGUUACUCCCCCUGUUAAUACAGAUGAUUCCACUAAGAUCAGGAAUGGUCGUGGCAAGACUAGAGGGAAAGGUCUUGAAAGGAUGAGGAAGACUAUGGGAAGCAAGAUGAAAAUUGAGAUUCCACUUGGUAAAGGGAGGCCAACUAAGCCAACUCAAUUGGCAAAAUUAUCCAAUGAACUAGGGAUAAUUGCCAGGAAUUUUCUUUCGCUUCCAAACAAGUGGAAGGAACUCACAAGAGAGGACAAAGAUGCAGCACUAAUUAGGUGCCACGAGAAGUUUGAAAUUGAUUUGGACGAGCAUUACGUGAAAGAUAGUGUUGAGGAUAUUUUGAAAAACAGAAGCCGACAAUGGCGUUACAAGUUAAAACAGCUAUUUGAAAGUGCACGUUCCGAGGAAGAAGCUCGUAAAAUUGAAGUGCCAGAGUUGACCCGAGAAAAUUGGAAUAAGCUUUGUGACAUGUGGGCUGAUCCAGAGCAUAAGAAACGAUGCGACAUAAACAGGGCCAAUCGAAGUAAGCUUAAAACUAAUCAUUUCAUGGGGUCAAAAGCGUUUGUACCUGCUCGUGCUGAACUUGCUGAAAAUGGAGUAGAGCCUGACAGAAUCGAGUUCUACAAGAGUACUCAUUACUCGACUGAAAAAGGAUGGUCAUCUCUAGAGACUGAGACUAACUAUAAAAACCUAAAAGAUUUGAAAGAUAUAUAUACUUCGGGAGAGCCGGGAGAGCCUUCCAUGACUAUUGAUCAAAUUAUGGAUACUAUACUUGGUAAAAAAUCGGUAUACAUAAAAGGUCUCGGUUAUGGUCCGAAACCUGAUACUACAAGAGCCACACAAAGAAGAACGACAGAGUUAGAAGACUCCCUUAGAAAGACGAAAGAGGAAGCUGCUACUGCCCAACAUGAUUUACAGAAACGAUUAAAUGUAGUGGUAGAAACCCAGCAGUCCAAGAUAGAAACCUAGCAGUCCCAGGUAGAAACUCAGCAGGACCAGAUACAAGCAUUAAACUCUCAAUUGGUUACUUUAGCAGCACGCCAAGAGGAAAUGUUUAAAAAAAUGCAACAUUUUGUUAGCUCAUCGCCAUCAAGGUAUUAAAUGUGGGAAUUGAAUCAAGACUGAUUGCAAGCUAAGUGUCACCACAUUAUUAGUAUUUUAAAAGAAACCUGCACUAUCUGUCUUAGUUUAGGAGUAAUAUUUCGUAUAUUUCAGUUGGAUUGGUACUUUGGAAGAAACUGCAUUGUCUGUCUUAGUUUAGGAGUAAUAUUUAGUAUAUUUCAGUUGGAUUUUCUUGUCGUUAGACAUAUUUUACUUUUAUUUAGGAGUUUGUAAUGAGAUAUGAUCUCAGUACAAUUUUAGUUGUUCUUAAUUGUAUGAUCAUGGGUGAAUUGUAUUAUUAUCUAGCAUGUUUUGUUA